AUGGUAGCUGAAACAGAAAGUGCUUUCGCAUCUAGCUCCGAAAUUGAUAAUAAUCACAAAAAAGGUAAUGUAGUACUAGAAGUAAAAGAAAUAUAUCAGAUUAAAGGAUCAGAUAUGCUUACAGAUAAAAGUAGUAAAUAUGAUGCGAAUUAUGGGAGUGAUUACAAUCUGUUUUCAUCUGAGAUAGCGCAAGAACAAUAUGUUAGUAAGAAGUUUAAUCCAAUAGAUAUUCAAAUAAUUCAAAAGAAUUUGUCAUCAAAGUUUGAUGGUUAUGAUGGUGGAUUAAGAGAUUAUGGUAGUUGUGGUAAUAGAUUAAGAAAUUAUGGUAGUCGUGGUAAUAAUGAACUAAGAGAUCAUAGCAGUCAUGGUAGUGGUGGAUUAAGAGGUUAUGACAGUCGUAAUGGAUCAAAAGAUUCUUUAUUAUCUUAA